CCCUUCUCCGACAACACCCAUCAACAGACGCCCCCCCCCUUCAGUUGACGGCCGACCACCACUGUGGUGGCGGCGCAAGGUGGUGCUUCCGAUGAGACAGAUAGACAGAGAGUAAGACAGAGAGAGAGAGUGAGACGUAAGAGAGAGAGAGGGAACGACAGGAAGGAGAGAACUCUCCGGCCACCGUGAGCGGUGACGGGUGUCUCCGACGGCAGUGGUGGUGCGGCUAUGGUGGUGUCAGCGGCAACAUCAAGCAACGACACCCCUCCACUUUUGACGAGUUCCGUGGGGAUGGUGGCUGAGGUGGUGCUGGAGCGGCACGUCAUCGGCGGCGGCGGAGGUGAUAGUGGUAGAUGGUGGGGUUCGGGCACAGACAACCGGUUCAAUAAAGCCGGUUUUGGUACAGGUCAAACGGUCAGAUUACGAGCUCGUUCUGGUCAACAUCUGGGUUCGGGUCAAUCACGGUCAACUCAGUCAUUGGCUCGGUCAACUGGUCAACACGGGUCAAACCUGGUCAACGCAGCCAAAAGUCAGCCAACGCGAAGAUCUGUAUUUAUGUUAAUGAGAUAUUGUUGA